CGUCAAGACACCUCAUCAUACCACAUCCACAGUUCCCCAGUACUUCCUGAAAGCAGAUCAAAUUUGAAGCCAACAAACCAUCAGUUUCUUUUUGACAAGCCAGCUAGGAGUGUCAAGCCAACUCAAACUGACAUCCAAAAAAACGAACCCUCCAUAAAGAAAAUGAAUCGCAUCGCUGCUAUCCUCUCGAACGCUAUUGUUCUUCUUUUGAUCAUGGCGAUAGUUGACAAUGUCUCAGCGGGAAGAUGUGACCACGACUUCAAAACGCCUCAAUGUGCUUUGCGCAGACCAAACCAGCUCCCAGUAUACAUUCCCACUCAUCUUGACCAUGAAGGCAAUUUCUAUUGUGGAUCAGGAUACACUGAAGAAUGUUGUGGUACGGACAUUUCUAUACAUUACACUUAUGAAUAUGGCGAUGUUCUCGCCAGGCACCUGCUAUCGAAAUUGAAUGAGGAGUCUAGACCCCUAACAACCUGUUGA